CUGCAGCUGCAAUUCACUGUCUCUGAAGACCCUACUGUGUCUGCAGAGAAAUUCAGUAAUGGAAGAAGAAACUCAAGUUCUGAAAUUCAGAGACAUCAGGCGUUAUUUCUUGCGAUUACUGUGGCAUCUGUUGUUCCAAGAAAUCUCUGAUUACAUCCCAUGUUCUUACUCAUCACAAGGAAGAGAUGGGUUAGGAAAAUGCAAAUGCUAAUGAGAUGGAGGAGAAGAGGGGGGACGAUCCAAUACUUGCCAAGAAUGUUGGUUUUUUCUUAGAUGUUUGCUCUAAAUUUUUGAGUUCCUAUAUUGAAGAUUUAUAAUUUUGCAGGAAUUUUUAGAAAAACAGAAUUUUCGAUUAUAGCGUAAAGCAUUGGAUCCAAAACAAAAGAACUGCAAAAUGUGAGAGGCUGUUUGUGUUACUUGAAUGGACCAGCAUCAGGUUGGGAGACCUCCUGAGAAGCUCCAUCAAGUGAGCCUUAGAGCCUAUUUGGUGCAGCUUGUGAGAGCUGCUGACUGCACUGCUAGCUACAGAAGAAAAGACCAUUUGAAUCGUCACUUUCUUCAGCAUCAAGGAAAACUAUUCAACUGUCCAAUUGAGGACUGUGGUAAAGAACUUGCAUUUCAAGGAUGUGGCAAGAGAUUCUCAUACAAGCAUGUGAGAGAUAACCACGAUAAGUCUGUCCAUGUUUAUCCUCCAGAUGAUUUUGUGGAGUCUGAUGAACAAUUCCAGUCUAGGCCAAGGGGUGGGCGAAAGAGAACGAUCCCUUCUGUGGAAAUGCUAAUACGGAAGAGGGUCACUCCACCUCAAGUGGAUAAUACUGUGGAUCAAGAUGCUACUUACAAUUGCUGUCACAAGAUCUGAUCAGUACUGGCGUUGAGAUUGCAUCCAUAUUGGCAAUGAGAGUAUGCUUUUUGGAAGUAGGCAUUGACAUGUCACGUUGUGUAAGGCGUUUGUAUAAUCUGUGGUUCUCUUCCGCCCUGUUAGAGCACGUUAAGGAAUCGAUGAAAUUAGUCCAUGUAAAUCGUUUAUUAGUCCAACAAAUUGAAGAAACGCUCAAAGCACAG